AUGUCGGGAGGCCUUGUGGACCAGUUUUCUGCCCGUGGUAGGCAGUUCAGAGAGAGGGAUGAGGAAAGGCUGGAGUGGAUGAAGGCUUUCGAGAGUGAGCUUCAACUUUUGGUUGACAAGCACAGAGAGCUCGAGAGACAACUCCAGUUCCGCAGUGAGUACUACUCCGGACUUGAAGGUGGUCGCAAGGCCGCCGUGGACUUGAGAGUUGCCGUGCAGUCUCAUCUUCGUGAAAAGGACCCUGCUUUGGCGGAAUUCCCUGUCGUAAUCAAGGCUAUCGCGAAUGGUGAUGGGUUGCCGGGCGCUCUACAGAAGUUGUCGUUGCAGCCCUCUGCUGCUACUGAGUUUGCCAAAGGCUUUUCCAAUACCUUUGGAACGAGCGAUUUCGUGUUUGUGAGUCGGGGAAAAGACAGAGUUGAUGAAAAGAUCAGGGUCGUUUUCAAUCAGUUUAUUACCAACCCGACUUGUCGUCACAUCAUCGUUGGAGUUUGCCACGACAAUAACUACACGAGACUCUUGGACAACUAUCGCGAUGAUGGUGACAUUGUGAAGAAAGUGACGCUUCUUCAGUCGUAUAAAGUUGGGAACGAGUUACUCGCCCUCCCGUUUGGCACUACCAGGUUUCCAGGCAUCUUCCGAGAUGGCCCGCUGAGCCAGAACAACCAAAACUCGCCGCCGCCCCCGUCCACUGGUCCAGCCGCCGCUCCAACUGUAGUAGUUAAUGGACAAUCACCAGUUACAUGGGCCAGCCGUGCUCAACUAAUGUCGCAGGCAACGCAACAACUACUCAAUGUGCUGGCCAACGUGUGGACUUCGGACUGCCUCAACCAAGUCAGCAAGCAGUGGCCACCAUUAACCAAAUGA